CCGGCCGCGGCCGGCGGCCCGAGCCCGCGACUGACCCUCGGCAGCUCCUGUAGUCACGUGGCGCUGGGAACCGGCGGGGGGGCUGGGCACGGGCCUGGCAGUGGUGAACUCGAACCUGCUGCUGUCGCGGCGGCGGGUGGCGAGCGCGGCCGCCGGCCCGGCGUUCCGGCCUCAUGGACGCGCCACGCGCCUCCGCGCACCCCGCCGGAGAGGUAAGGCUGGCCUCUCUGCACUCAGAGGUCUGAGCUCUGCCAUGGGGGUAGGGGUGUCUUUACUGCUGCAGUUUUCUCUGACAUCUGGGGGCUACCAGAGUGUGGGCCGAAGCAGGCGCUGCAGCUGCAGAAGUCUCCCCAGGAACGUCCCUGGGAGGAGCUGGAAAUAUCCUCACCUCCAGCUCCACCGUCUCCAGGCAGAGGAAGCACCGAUGCUGGAACGUCGCUGCAGGGGCCCCCUGGCCACGGGCCCUGCCCAGCCCCGACUCCUUUCCGGGCCCUCCCAGGAGUCGCCCCGGACCCUGGAGAAGGAGCCCCGCGGGCUGAGGUCACAAGGCACUUCCGCAGCCCAGUCGGGGAGCCAGGCCCCGGGUAGGGCCCAUCGCUGUGCCCACUGUCGAAGGCACUUCCCGGGCUGGGUGGCGCUGUGGCUUCACGCCCGACGCUGCCAGGCCCGGCUGCCCCUGCCCUGCCCUGAGUGUGGCCGUCGUUUCCGACACGCCCCCUUCUUGGCACUGCACUGCCAGGUCCAUGCUGCUGCCACCCCAGACCUGGGCUUUGCCUGCCACCUCUGCGGGCAGAGCUUCCGGGGCUGGGUGGCCCUGGUUCUGCAUCUGCGGGCCCACUCGGCUGCAAAGCGGCCCAUUGCCUGUUCUGACUGUGAGAGACGCUUCUGGCGGCGAAAGCAGCUUCGAGCUCAUUUGCGGCGGUGCCACCCUCCUGCCCCUGAGGUGCGGCCCUUCAUAUGUGGCAAUUGUGGCCGGAGCUUUGCCCAGUGGGACCAGCUAGUUGCUCACAAGCGGGUUCAUGUAGCCGAGGCCCUGGAGGAGGCAGCAGCCAAGGCUCUGGGGCCUCGGCCCAGGGGCCGCCCCGCGGUGACCGCCCCCCGGCCCGGCGGAGACGCGGUGGACCGCCCCUUCCAGUGUGCCUGCUGUGGCAAGCGCUUCCGGCACAAGCCCAACCUGAUCGCCCACCGCCGAGUGCACACGGGCGAGCGGCCUCACCAGUGCCCCGAAUGUGGCAAGCGCUUCACCAAUAAGCCCUACCUGACCUCACAUCGGCGCAUCCACACCGGCGAGAAGCCCUACCCGUGCACGGAGUGCGGGCGCCGCUUUCGCCACAAACCCAACCUGCUGUCUCACAGCAAGAUCCACAAGCGAUCCGAAGGGUCUACCCAGGGCGCCCCUGGUGCCGGGAGCCCCCAGCUGCCAGCCGGACUCCCGGAGCACUCGUCAGAGCCCACCCGAGAGGCCCCACUGAACCCUGUGCAGGGGCCUGCACCUGAGCCUCCGCUGGAGGCCCCAGGAGAGCCCCCACAGGACCAGGCGGGAACCCCCGCAUCUCUCUACAGCUGCGAGGACUGUGGCAGGAGCUUCCGGCUGGAGCGCUUCCUGCGGGCCCACCAGCGGCAGCACACGGGGGAGCGGCCCUUCACCUGCGCCGAGUGCGGGAAGAACUUCGGCAAGAAAACCCACCUGGUGGCACACUCCCGGGUCCACUCGGGCGAGCGGCCCUUCGCCUGCGAGGAGUGUGGGCGCCGCUUCUCCCAGGGCAGCCACCUGGCGGCCCACCGGCGUGACCACGCCCCCGAGCGGCCGUUCGUCUGCCCGGACUGCGGCAAGGCCUUCCGCCACAAGCCCUACCUGGCCGCCCACCGGCGCAUCCACACCGGCGAGAAGCCCUACGUCUGCCCCGACUGUGGCAAGGCCUUCAGCCAGAAGUCCAACCUCGUGUCCCACCGGCGCAUCCACACGGGCGAGCGCCCCUACGCCUGCCCCGACUGCGACCGGAGCUUCAGCCAGAAGUCCAACCUCAUCACCCACCGCAAGAGCCACAUCCGGGACGGCGCCUUCUGCUGCGCCAUCUGCGGCCAGACCUUUGACGACGAGGAGAAGCUCCUGGCCCAUCAGAAGAAGCAUGAUGUCUGAGAGAGCAGGGGCGUCAUUUCCCCGGGAGCGUUGCAGUGGGCCAUGGCGCCUGUGUUGCUGCUGGUGUAGGCGAGGGAUCGGAGGGAGGCGGGGUGUGAGCUGGGCCCUGUUAGAGGGAGGUCAAGCCCGCCCAGGCGGCCAGGGAACCCACUUGCAGAGCGCAGGGACCCCGGCCUCCAGCUCUUGUUUGUUUGCUAAGGUUCGGUCCUCACUGUCCUGUGCCCUGGAAAAGUAGCAAUAGCAGCUCUACCCUCCCUGUCCCUUAGAGCCUUCCAGCUGGAGGGGCUGCCAGUGGACAGGAAGACUCUUCUCCUCUGGUGUUAAUGCCUUAAUGUCCCAGUCUUUCAUUAUGAGUUCCUUCACCUCCUUCCUGGAUGUAGGUGUGGUACAGCCCUUAGUAAAUGAGCGCUCCGCAGGAAAAGUGGACCAGGUGGCUACCCUGGGAGAACCUGCUGGCCUUGUUAGGCAGCACCUGGGCCUUUUCCAGCACUGGGAGGCGAGGCCAAGCUGCUCUAACCUGUCCCACCCUGUCCCCUCCCCUGCCCCUGCACUGGCCCCCAGACUUGGAGACACCUGUCUAUUGUUAGCACUCAGCUCAUCCCUUUCCUCCGAGAAGGUCAACCCCCAGGUGUCUCCCCGGUGGUCUGACUUGCUUUGUCCAGCACCCUCUCGCGCUUAGAGCACCCCCUGGCUGUGGGUAGGCCUGUGUCCAGGCUUUGAUCCAGCCCUCCUCACUCCUUCCAGAAGUAACACGGGUGGGAAGGACGGCCCCACCGAAAGUGGAGGGUCGGCUGAUGGGAGUAGGGGUGUUUCCUCUUCAGCAUUUCUAGCCUGUGGAUGCCCAGCCUCUGCUUGAACACUUAGGUGACAGGGAAUCCCCACCCCCUGAGGCCCUGGUUCUACUGUAGGAUAAUUCUAAUUGUUAGAAAUUCUUCCUUAAAAUGAGUGAAAUCUGCUUUCCUAUAAUUUCUACCUACUGGGCCUUGUUCUGUUCUCUGGAACGAAACAGAACAACCACUUACCCUCCUUUUCAAACUAGAGAAUAAAGAUUUGGUUUUAGA